AAUCUUCCUUUUUUCUCUUUUUUUAAAAUGUCUGCUGCUAUUUCAUACACUGGCGGAAAAGACUGUACUUUAGCUUUACAUCGCGUCAUCGAACAGGGCAUCAAAGUUAAUGUGCUUGUGACCUUUAGUCCUCCUUCGACUGAUCCCAGAUCUUUCAAGGCACAUUCGUUUGACAUCAUUGAGAAACAAGCAGAGGCGCUAGGUUUGGCACACACCAUUUGUAUUAUUGAUGGCCCUGAUUACCUUGCUAGUUAUCAAGGAGAGAUUAAGAAACUUGCUGACACUUAUGGCAUUACCAAACUUGUGACUGGAGAUAUUUUACCUGUCUGCAGUAACUUUAUGGAGCGUGCUGUAGAAGGCACUGGUGUAGAACUGGUCCGACCUCUUUGGGAACAGCCUCAACAAGAUUUACUUAACGAAAUGUGGGAACGUCAAUUUGAUAUACUGGUGACAUGUGUUAAUUUGGAAAAGAUUCCUAAGAGCGUUCUAGAUAAGGUUCAAGAUGUGUAUGGCGUAGGUAAACCAUUGACACAAGCAGGGUUAGAUGCUAUUAUCAAAGAGGACAAGAAUAUCAGUCCUACUGGUGAAUCUGGUGAAUUGCACACCAUGGUUAUAUGCUGCCCUCUUUACAAAAACGUCAGAAUUAAUGUUGAAAGUGAAAUCCUUCAAGAGGAUAUAUUUUUAUUUUUAAAGAUUAAGGGUGUUCAACUUGUUGAUAAAUAAAUUAAUUAUUGGAUUUUUUCUGUAACGUUGGUUCUGAAGAAGA